AUUUCCGCUGUUUCGAGUGGAAGACUUAACGGGAGUGGAGACGAGUGGGGCCCGUGUCUAUGCGGAAAAAUCGAGAGAACUUAUCAGUUACAUUGGCAUUGAAUAGAAACGAUGGUUAACGCGGUGUCAUUGCAUUAAGGCUACGACGGACUUUGUCUCUUCACGGAUAUUUCAAAAUACAUCUCGUGUCUUAGUUGCCGAAUCAAAGUCGCCGAAUUCCGAAGCAGCUUGUUUCACGAUUUUGCAUGGCUUAAGACCUCAACGCCGAUACACAGUUGAAGAAAUAUUAUUGGUAAUACACGGAUAAAGAUGGCGCGGUUUGUUUGUAUCCAAGAUUUCGAAAACUCCGCAAUGAACAAUUUAGCACCCGUCGUAAGAGAUUAUUAUAAAAGUGGAGCUGGAGAAGAAAAUACCUUAAGAUGGAAUAAGGAAGCGUUUAAACAAAUACGAAUACGUCCACGAGUAUUGCGAGAUGUCUCUAAAAGAGAUAUCGGCACCAAGGUAUUGAAACAAAAUGUUUCGAUGCCAUUGGGCGUAUCCCCGACGGCAAUGCAACGGAUGGCGCAUCCCGAUGGCGAAUGUGCCACUGCCAGAGCGACCCAAGCGGCAAAAACCGUAUUCAUUCUCUCGACGAUUUCAACGAGUAGCAUCGAGGAAGUUGCAAAAGCCGCCCCGGAAGCCAUAAAAUGGUUCCAAUUGUACGUCUAUUUCGACAGGAAUGUCACCUUGAAUCUAAUAAGAAGAGCGGAGAAAGCUGAUUUCAAGGCGCUGGUACUCACCGUUGACACUCCAAUGUUUGGUGACCGCAGGAGAGAUAUUAAAAAUAAAUUUACUCUCCCAAAUCAUUUGAGGCUUGCCAAUUUCGAAGGCUUUCUAUCGCGAAAAAUCAAUUCGACUACCAAAGGUUCGGGCCUCAGUGAAUAUGUAACGAAUCUUUUCGAUGACUCGUUAAACUGGCAGGUGAUCAAGUGGUUGAAAAGCGUUACAAAUUUACCUAUAGUUUUAAAGGGCGUGUUAACGUCCGAAGAUGCAUUGCUUGGAGUUAAGUACGGAGCUGAUGCGAUUAUGGUUUCGAAUCACGGAGCACGACAAAUCGACGGGACUCCCGCAACGAUCGAAGUGCUACCGGAGAUCGUUCAAGCCGUCGGCAAGAAAGUCGAAGUUUAUUUGGAUGGUGGUGUGACGCAAGGGACCGAUGUUUUUAAAGCUUUAGCGUUAGGAGCUAAAAUGGUGUUUUUUGGAAGGCCUAUAUUAUGGGGCUUAGCCUGCGGAGGUGAAAAAGGAGCUCGAACUGUCCUCGAAUUGAUGAGACGAGAGAUCGAUCUCGCGUUCGCAUUAACAGGUUGUUCCAAUGUGAAUCAAGUAACGAAAGAUAUGGUAAAGCACAAAUCAUAUUACAGUCAUUUGUGAGCUAAAACUACCUAGUUUUUUUUUUAUUUAUAAAAAGA